UAAUCUAUAAAGCCAUUCCAUCAUCAUAUCUCCAAAAGAAGGAUUAUUUCAAAAUGGCAUUCAGCGCCUUGAGGCAAUGCAAAACAUCAAUGCAAAGCUCGUCGCACAUCCGCGGGCUGGCCUCCGCCGCCGCUCCGAAACAAGAAGCCGCGAAAGUGGGAAUGUAUAAGAAGUUCAAGACGAGCCUGGGGCACGCGGCGGUGCCGGUAGGGAUAUUGGGCGGGGCGGUGGUGAUGGCUCUGAUGAUCGGAGUGCACACGGUGACGCAGCACUUCGUCCGGUCGCCGUUGGUUCACGUGACGAAGCAAAAUAGGGGGAGCAUGCCGGAGGUCGACCAACCGGACGCCUCCAUCCGAUCCGGCGACAACUUCGUCAACAAAUCGUUCCUCAGAAAGGUCGCCCACCUGCAGGACAAGCAGUACGGAGAGGAGAAGCUACCCAUUAAUAUAUACACGCGGUCUCGCGAAGCUGAUACCUUGCAAACAGUUGGAGUGAUUGGCAAGGACUAGUCGAAUCGUGCGUGUCGAAUGUUGAUCCAUGAAAUAAAUAAUAGCAUAUAAUCGAAUUGAAGUAGUUAAAAUUUUGAUAUUGUAAUAGGUGGUUUUUAGUUUCCGUACUAGCGUGCCCAUAUUUCACGAGAGAGAUGCUUAGUUCAAUUUGUUUUACUACUAUAUAUAUAGUACAUUAUAAGUAUGUGUGACUAAAAUUUUAUAUUUUAUUUAUUAUGUUGACAUGAA